AUGUUCAAGUACCUUUUGUUGGUUCUUGCUAUGGAGAUAUUGAUUACAAUAACAGAAGCAAGCCCCAUUCCACCGCCCUGGAGGUUUUCAGAUGUCCAGGAUCGGAAUGUGAUCUACGACGAUAACUUUGGAGACCCCAUCGUGUAUGAGCGUGGUGCAAAUAUUGAACUGGAAUAUUUCGAUUCUCGACCACAUGAGGACGACAGGUACAAUGAGGUUGAAGACUCGGUGCUGAUAACGAACACAAAAGCAAGUCCCAUACCGCCUUUAAGGAAUUUAAAAGAUCAUUUACCUCUCGAAGAGUAUUCUGAAGAAGAUUUCAAGAACUCGGUCUACUAUGGAAGUCAAUAUGAGUAUGAAUACUGGAACCCAAAAACUAUCGAUGAAAAUGAUCCACAGUACAAUAGUCUUGAUAGAUGGAUUGAUGAAUAA